AUGGCACCGGCUCUGGCCUUGCCCUCUUGUGCCAUGUUCUUGUCAACUGAAUUCCUUGGCCUACUACUUGACGCAGGGGUGGCUGUGAGUGGUAGAAACGUCGACGCACCAUUCGCCACCGAUUUAGACGUCGCAGUGGUGCUGGAAGUAAGACUCGGCGACUCUAAGCAGGGAGAUGAGGGGCUGGUUGAUGACACGACAUCGUUCCAGGCCCAGCUUGUGCUUCGGAGGCUGGGAGUCGUGAUAGUGGUCGAAGUUGACUCGGUUCCAACCAAGGAGGACGGGGCAACUGUCGAUAUAAAGGGAUUGGGCGGGAACCCCUGGGUUGUCGUUGACGACAGUGUUCUCAUCGAGGACUUGGGCACAAACGAGGGAAGACUGACUGGGUUGAAAGCAGCUGCCUCUACUAUAGCGAGCGCCAGUGGUACGACGAGACGCAUGCUCGCAGGCUAUCUUAUUUUGGGUUGUAUCUGUGUAUAG